UUCCGAAGGAAAUAUGGUCCGUUAGGGUACGCUGAUAGGACACUAUUAGAAAUUCUGGGAGACGACCACUUGGGUGAAAAGGCCAAAAAUGUAUUCUUGGCAAUCCCACAAGAGAAGUUAGAGGAAGGGUUCGAAGCGGUAGUAAAAGAAUUGGAAAGGCUUCUUUCAAGCGAUUCAACGGCUGCUAGAAUGAGAGCAUUGAAUGAGCUACGGAACUUGAAAUUGAGGCCAAAUCAGUCCAUCUCUGAAUUCUGUGUGGUGUUAGAGAAAUUGGCUCGCAAAGCGAACCCUAACAGUAGUGUGACAGAAAGGUCGUUAGAGUACGCGCAGAUACUGUUGGAUAACGUGAGAGAGUGGCCGGAACACGUACAGUUAUUGAGUCUCCUGCAUAGAUCAGACCCCGGUAACGCGUAUAACGAGAUCAAACAAUUAGCGAUCACUAUAGAGCAAGCAAGGACAAUGUAUGGGACACCCCGAAAGAGCACGCCGACAGGUACGGAGUGGAAAAAGAGGGCACAGGCAUACAAAAGCCAUAGGGAAAAUCCGCCCAACACUGAAGAACACCAGAGGGGCUAUGUAGAUGAAAAGAAGGAGGAUGUUGAGACUCGCAAGUGUUUUAACUGUUCAAAACUAGGACAUAUUGCUCGGAACUGCCCGCUAAGAAGACCCGUAGUCAAUAAUAGAGUGGAGAAACCAGCAAAAACGAAGGACAACAAGGAAGGGACGCGGAUCUCUGAUCUGAUGCGUCAAGCGAGAUCGAUGGGAAUGGUGGUAGAGAAGGGUUCUGCUGAAACUGACCUAGUCGGAGAGAAGUCGACAGCAUGGGUAAGCAUGAUGAAUGAAAGAGUUUCGGCGCUGAUUGACACAGGAUCAAUGGUAAGCAUUGUUCCAGUAGGCCUCCUGGCUAGAGCACAGAAAAAUGGAUUUGACGUUGAUUCCCUCACGGUAAUUGAUCAGAAAACGCUCGAUCCUGUAUAUGAUGCCUCCAACAACCGCAUGCAAUUCCUGGGUGGAGUUGUUAUAGGAGUGAAGAUUGAAGGCGGAGCUGAAUAUGAAGUUGCCUUCUACAUAUCGAAUGACAAAGGACAGGAGGUGUUGCUUGGAACGAACGCACUGAAAAGUUUAGGUGUACAGAUCCAACUGCCUAAACCUGCCACAACCCCCACACGAAGGACAAGCCAUAUCGGCAAGGUUACGGUCGCAAGGAGAGCGUACAUACCGCCGUACAGCUCGGCCCUGGUACAAGCCCGCUGCAAUGUUGGCGAAAAUCCUGUCGAACGCGUCAUAUGGCCAGCUUCAAACGGAAUAGCUGCGGGAGUGUUUAAGAUAGAAAACAAUGAAUGUGCGAUUCCGAUAAUUAAUGAGGGAAGCGAGCCAAUGAUGUUUAGAGAAGGGGAUGAGAUUGGGCACUGGAGUACUGAUAAAUGGAGAGAAGGAUGGGAUGAAGAAUUCAAACCAACGAUUUUGGAAGAAAGAUGUUCCGGAUUGGGGUUGCAAGCCAGAAAGCAGAAACUUUUCGAACAAAUUUCGCAAAACAGAUCUUCCACAGAGAUCCCUGAGGAUAUCCGAAAACUGGUGGAAGAAAAAGGGGAAGCGUUUGCGGUGUGUGACCAAGAACUUUCGGCCACAAGUGAAGUCGAAAUGGAUGUGGACACAGGGGACCAUCCACCCAUAAAGUUAAAAGCUAGACCUGUACCUCUAGCAAUGAGAGCUAAAUUGAGGGAAAUGCUGAAUGAUCUCGUAUCUAGGAAAAUAAUCGAGAAAAGUGCAUCGGCUUGGGCUUUCCCAAUAGUUUUAGUAGAGAAGAAGGACGGCAGCUUAAGACUCUGUGUUGAUUACCGCGAGCUAAACAAGUGCAUUCGACAAGACGCAUACCCGAUGCCGACGAUAGACGCGAUGUUACAGAGCAUGGCCGGUGGUAUUUCCGCUAUAUGCGAAACGCUCCGUAGAUGUCAACAGCAGCUCGAAGAAGGAGGACGCAUAGUGUCCGUAUGGCCUCCUUUGAUGGAGUCAAAUCAAACUACGUGGAGACAGCUCACAGAAGUGUGGCAGAUGAUUGAUAAUGCUCUACAGGGGAAAGCAGGACCCCACCAAUUGUUGACCACAGCCAGCCACAGAAUGGAUAGUGGAAAAAUUUUUAUUGAGGCCGGUGCACCAGAGGGGUGCUUGAAUUUCUAUGGGAAAAAUCUA